AACCCUAACGAGACAAAACCCAUGUGAGUCCUACCAUCCUCUCUUCCAUUAACAUAGCAUUUCUACCGACUUGUCUCCAGGGUCCCUUGGGUUUCUGUUCAGGUUUCUUUAAACCUUAUUCAUUUUCAGUGCGCCCCGUAGAAUUACUUAGGCUCCAACAGUCUCUCUCCUCGGCCGCCACGAGAAAUGGCAGUGAACAAGCGUUCGAGUCGGAGAACGACGGGGACGGCGACAGCGAAGAACUUUCUCGGGUUUGUGCUGCUGCUUGUCCUCAGGAUCAACGCAUUUGCAGCGGCCAGCACCAUCGUUGAAUAUCUACCUGGGUAUUCAGGGAGGCUCCCGUUUAAGCUUGAAACUGGCUACGUGAGCGUUGGGGACAUCGACGAGAUCGAGCUGUUCUACUACUUCAUCGAAUCCGAGAGGAACCCGGUCAAAGACCCUCUUCUGCUUUGGCUCACCGGCGGCCCCGGUUGCUCUGGUUUCUCCGGCCUGGUCUUCGAAAUCGGACCUUUAACUUUUGACUAUGCGUCGUUCAACGGGAGCUCACCCACAUUGCUUUCGAACCCUGAGUCGUGGACACAGAUAGCCAACAUUAUAUUCCUAGACGCGCCAGUCGGCACCGGUUUCGCUUACUCGACCACCCAAGAGGGUUACUACACCUCAGACACUAAGUCAGCUAAGGACAUAUACAAGUUCCUCCGGAAGUGGAUCCAGGGCCACCCCAAGUUCAGCAAGAACCCACUUUACAUAGCCGGCGACUCGUAUUCCGGCAAGAUCGUUCCGCAAGUCACUCUUCUAGCAUCGAAAGGGAUUACAGCUGGAGAAAAGCCAACCCUGUAUCUCCAAGGGUACAUGCUGGGCAAUCCAGUGACAGAUUUGGACUCGGAUCAGAACUCGAGGGUCGAAUAUCAGUACCGGGUAUCAUUUUUAUCGACCGAACUUUACGAAUCAGCCAUAGAGAAUUGCAAUGGGAACUACAUCGACCCAGACCCAGAGAAUUCUGCAUGCGUGGAAGAUGUUCGACAAAUCGCAGAGUGCACGUUGAAGAUAUGCGAUGCGGCGAUAUUGGAACCCAAGUGCAGCUACGCGAAGCCGAGAUCGAAGGAGAUGGGGCUCAACUGGGGAAGCAAAUUCUUCGACGACGACAUGCCUUUGGACUUGCUCCGAUCACCAUCCAAGAAACGGCCGGAAAACUGGUGUCGAAACGAGAACUACGUGCUUUCUUACGUCUGGGCCAACGAUCAAUCCGUCCAGGAUGCUCUUCACAUCCGCAACGGGACGAUUCCAGAUUGGACGAGAUGCAACAAGAGCCUGGCUUACGAAGAUGAUCUCAACUCCACGGUCCCUUAUCACUACGAGCUCAUCGAAGCUGGUUACCGAGCUCUGGUCUACAGCGGAGAUCACGACAUGUUGAUCCCGUACGUGGCCACGGAGAAAUGGAUCCAUUCUCUGAACAUGACCGUCGUGGACGACUGGAGACCCUGGUUCGUCGACGGCCAGAUUGCCGGGUACACGUUCAAGUCCACCAUAAAUCUUGGAGACGGCAUGGCCUAUGCAACUGUAAAGGGGGCGGGUCACACGGCUCCAGAAUACAAGCCCAGGCAGUGCUUGGAAAUGGCGGACAGAUGGCUGUCUCAUUACCCCUUGUGAUGCGGUCUGCGGUCUGCGGUCUUGGGCUGGGCCUUCGUGUCGGAAUCCAAGAAAAAACAUGAUGUGGGCCUCGGUCGGAAGAAGUUGAGAGACGGCGUAAAAUAUAUUUUGCUUUUUUUACUUUUCUUUUUUUUUUUGUUCCGGUCCCGAUUGAUUUUAUUAAAUUAUCUAAUAACAAAAAUAAUAUUCUUGGUA